AUGGAAAACUCAGCAUUUGAAAUGCAUGAGGAUGCCUUCUCCUCUGCCCCAUCUCGGGAUAAGGUGAUUGCCUCUUCUGGCCUGGAAAAGAAGAGUCAUUGGUCUCUAAUGAAGAUCUUCUUGGUUUGUCUCCUGGCCUGUAUUAUUACCACAUUGAUAGGUGUGCUGAUUCUCUCCUUGGUUUAUGUUUCCAACUUCCGACCCCGUGCAGACUCUCACUUCCAGCCUGAAAACGACCUUCCAAAGCCACCAGAGACUCUCCCUGACUCAAAGAAUGAAAAUCCUGUCGACUUUAAAUUCCAAUUUCUUAAUCACUUGCAUAAAUCCAAGGUAUUUGAGUUCCCAGGUGGUGCCAUCCAAUGGGCACGAUACCGGAAUAAUCUCAAGGACUACCUUAGCAUUGAAGAAGAGGCCUUUGGCACCAGCCUGAAUAGGCAGCAGUCACGCAUGACUUUUGGAACCUUGAGAAUAAAAAGCAAUGGCCUCCGUGCCCCACACUGGCACUUCAAUGCCAAUGAACAUGGCUACCUCGCACAGGGGACUGCUUGGAUUGGAGUAGUUGAUGAUGGAGGCAGUGUGGUCACCACAUACAAUGUCACAGCUGGUCAGAUCAUCUUCUUCCCUAAAAAUAUCCUGCACUGGAUAAAGAAUGUGGGAAAUGAGGACUGCCUUUUCUUGCUCUUCUUCACCACUCAUGAUGAGCUUCAGACCCUGGAUGUUGAUGAUGUGUUUUUUUCUACACCAGAGGACAUCGCAUCCAGAUCCCUCAAGCCUCAAGGUGGAGUUGAUUUCAUUAGAACAUUCAAGAAACAAGAAGAGGACCAGGCUGUCAAUCUUCCGCCCAAUUUGGCUGAGCUGGUGAUGAAUGCCAGCUACAUACAGUCUCCAGACAGCCUGGUGUGGCGAUACUUUUAUGAUCUUAAAGGUUCAAAGGAAUUUCGAUUUCCAGGGGGAAUAAUCCAGUGGGCUCGAUAUCGAAAAAAUGGAAAUGGACUCAGUGACAAUGAGAAAAUUUUCAGCGAAUCCUUGAAUCAGCAUGAAAAUACCCUUACCCUGGGAACUCUCAGAAUUUACACCAAUGGCUUACGACAGCCUCAUUUUCACUUUAACGCUAAUGAAAUGGGAUAUGUCAUCAGUGGAUGUGGAAAGGUGGGAAUUAUUAGCUCCCAAGGGACUACCGAUUUUAACAUUGGUAUUGGAGAUGUAGUAUUUUUCCCUAUUGGAACCCAGCAUUACAUCAAGAGUACAUGUGAUGAGGAUUUGCUUUUCAUUCUCGCCUUCACCACUGGAAACCAGCUACAAACCCUGGACCUGGAUGACUAUAUCCAUGCGACAGCAGACCACAUCCUGGCCCAGCUUUUCUUUAAAAAGCAAAGCGAGUUUAAGAAGAUCCCCAAAUUCACUGAGGACCAAGCCAUCAAUUUGCCUUAG